UCUACUCCCUCAUUCAUAGACGUUGCACCCUCGCAGAUUCCAUGCCCAUGGCUGGCUUAGAAGAGAUGAUCACAACUACGGGCGAGCCGGCGUGGACAAGCUCGUCGCCACCCGUUCAUGGCCCUUAUCGGUAUCGGCCUCCAUGGCGUCGCUGGCUCCGCGGCAGCCUUCAUCACGUGGCUUUACCGAGCUUUUCUCCGGCCGGGGAAGGAUCUUGUUCGCCGCUAUGGCGCGUGGGCGGUGGUCACCGGCGCCACAGACGGCAUCGGUCGGGCGAUGGCCCUCGAGCUAGCGCGCCAGGGCCUGAACCUCGUCCUGAUCGGCCGGAACCCCGCGAAGCUCUCCCGUGUCCGCGAGGAGGUCCAGAAGGCCGCGCCAUCCUGCAAGGUGACGAGCGUGGUGUUCGACCUCGCCGGCGACACGCCAGAUAUGUGUCGGGGCGUGGCGAGGGUUGCUGCGGCCGUGGAGGGUCUGGACGUGGGCAUCCUGGUGAACAACGCCGGCGCCACCUACCCUGGCGCGGCAUACUUCCACGAGGUGGACACUCAGGUCUUGGAGACGGUGGUGCGGGUGAACGUGGAGGCGACCACGCGGAUCACGCGCGCCGUCGUGCCGGCGAUGAUGAGGAGGCGGAGGGGCGCCGUCAUCAACGUGGGGUCUGGAUCGUCCGCCAUGCUGCCGGCCUUUCCGUUCUACGCUGUGUACGCAGCGAGCAAAGCGUAUAUUGAUAAAUUUUCUCAAAGCCUAAGCACUGAAUACAAACAAUAUGAAGUGGAUUUGCAGUGCCAGAUACCGCUGUACGUCGCGACCAAGAUGUCUCGAGUUGACAGUGCCUCGUUGUUCGUGCCAUCGCCAGAAGAGUAUGCCAGAGCUGGUGUUCGCUGCAUAGGUUAUGAGGCAAGAUGUGUCCCCCACUGGCGCCACUCGAUCCAGUGUUUCUUCGCGUCUCUUCUACCAGAUUUGGCACUUAAUACUUGGCAUCUCCGAGUUGGCAUCCGCAAGAUACGGGAAAUGAAAUCUCCAGUGGGAGAGAAUGAGUCCGGUUGA